AUGUAUGUCAUUACUACUAGAAGUGGGAAGAUCCUUGAGAGUGAUUUCAAUGUUGAGAAGAGUUCCGAUGUGAGGAUAGCACUUAAGGUUGAGGAUGAGUCUUCAAGAGAGGGUGCAGUUCUAGAGAGAAGUGCCGGAAAGAAUGAGAGGGGUGAGAAAGAUAAAGAGAAGGAACCCGAAAAGGAGAGCACCAAAGAUCAAACACCUUUACCCCUUAAUCUCCAACCUAGGAAUGUGAGGUUGCCUUUUCCCCAAAGAUUUGCUAGGUCUAGGCUUAAUGUCCAAUUCGGAAAAUUUUUAGAUGUAGUAAAGAGCUUGCAUGUUUCUAAACCCUUUGUGGAUUCUAUGAAAGAGAUGCCACACUACUCUAAAUUCGUAAAAGACCUCUUGAAUGGAAGGAGAGAAGUUGAAACCGUUAGCCUAACCGCAAAUUGUAGUGAUAUUCUCUUUAGUAAGCUACCAACCAAAUUGCAAGAUCCCGGUAGUUUUUCCAUCCCUUGUUCUAUCAAUGAGAUUCAUUUGGGGAAAGCUUUGUGUGAUUUAGGUGCUAGUGUGAGUUUAAUGCCCUUUUCGGUCUACCAAAAGCUUAAUGUGGGAAACCUUUCACCUACAAACAUCACCCUCCAACUAGCGGAUAGGUCCGCAAAAUUGCCUAUAGGGAAGGUAGAGGACAUACCCCUUAGAGUUGGUAAGUUCACUUUUCUAGUGGACUUUUAUGUUCUUGAGAUGGAUGAAGAUGAAAUAAUUCCUAUAAUCUUGGGUAGGCCAUUCCUAGCUACUUCUAAAGCAAUUAUUGAUGUCAAAGAAGGUAAGAUGACCUUGAAGGUUGACAAUGGUUCUAUCGAAUUUGAUUUGAAUAAGGUAAUGAGACAACCUUCCUCUAGUAAUGAAUUCUUUAGAAUAGAUACGAUUGAAAAUUUGAUGAAUGAGUUUAGAUACCCUCAUAUGCAUGCUUCUAAUGAUCUACUUGAGAAUGUUUUGUUGAAUGAGAAUGAAGUAGGUGAUCAAAAGGAGAUGCAAUUAUAUGAGGAAAUGCUUGAUGAGAAAGAGGAGACAACCCCCGAACAAGAGAUGCUCCAAACAUAUGAAGUCUUCCAAGUAGAAGAGGAGGAAAUCUCCAAUGGUAAGGGAGCUCCAAAGGUAGAAUUGAAACCUCUACCUUCGGGCUUGAGGUAUGUCUUUUUGGAUGCUAAUGAUACUUUUUCGAUCAUUGACAAUGCUAACCUCAGGGAAGAGAAAACCUCCUCAUUGCUUAAUGUUUUGAAAAAGCAUAGGAAGGCUUUGGGUUAUACUCUUGAUGAUCUCAAGGAGGUUGUGAGGAAGGAGGUUUCCAAGCUACUUGAAGCGGGGAUCAUCUAUCCAAUUGCUCAUAGUGAUUGGGUGUCCCCGGUUCAAGUAGUGCCGAAAAAGGGAGGUAUGACGGAGAAAUGCCACUUCAUGGUGGAAAAUGGCAUUGUUCUUGGCCAUAAAAUCUCCCAAGCGGGCAUUGAAGUUGAUGGUGCGAAGGUUGAUGUGAUUGAGAAUCUUCCUCCUCCCACAAAUGUGAGAGAAGUGAGGUUGAAAAAGGCUCUUUGCACCGCCCCCAUAGUCCAAGGACCGGAUUGGUCUCUACCAUUCGAGCUAAUGUGUGAUGCAAGCGACGAUGCCAUUGGAUUGGUUCUAGGACAAAGAAAGGAUGGGAAACUUCACGUUAUAUACUAUUUGUCCAAGACUCUCAAUGAUGCUCAACGGAAUUAUACAACUACCGAAAAAGAGUUCUUGGCGGUUAUUCACUUAUUUGAGAAAUUUAUAACCUACCUCAUUGGUUCUAGGACAAUAGUGUAUACCGAUCACUCGGCUCUCAAAAUAUUUAAUAAGCAAGAAGGAGGCCAAACCAAGGUUGUUGAGAUGGGUCUUGGUCCUUCAAGACUUUGA